CUUCUCUCCACCACUCCCUCACCCCGACACCCCACGCAAACACACACAACCUCGCCACAACUACCAGAUACACCUCCACCCUCGCUUGUUCACCGCGACGUAUACACAGCCGACAGCAUGUCGUCGUCGGUGUUCUACAAGUUCAAGAACUCCAAGGAGCCGGAGCGCUAUGCCUUCGACGGCAAUGAGAUCUCCGUGUUCGAGCUGAAGCGUGCGAUCAUCGAAGCCUCUGGCAUGGCCAAGAGUACCGAUCUCAAUCUCCACAUCUACCACGAAGACGAACCCAGCAAAGAGUAUGACGACGACACAACAACGAUACCGCGCACAAGCACCGUUAUCGCCGUACGGCGGCCGGCAGCUCGUGGGUUCAGCAAGAUCGCACGCUACGUCUCGGGCAAGCCCCCAGUACGUGCCAUCAAGAAGGACGCAGCCCCGGUCGUGGCACCUCGUCCUAGUGGCGCAACCGAAACAGAUGCGGAAGCCGCCUUCUUGGCAGAGUCUGCACAGGUCUGGGACGCACAGAAGGAAUCGCUGUCACACGCAAAACCGGUCUACAACAAGAAGAAGCCCGUCAACGUCCCCAACUACGACCCACCGUCUGGCUACGUUUGUCGGCGGUGUGGUGUGAAGGGGCACUGGAUCCAACAGUGUCCCGAGAACGACAACCCCGACUUCAAGCCAGUGCACUGCCCGAAGCGCACGACCGGAAUCCCCAAAUCUUUCCUCAAGGUCGUCGACAAGUCUGAGGUGGAUGAAGACGCCAAGGGUGUGAUGCUGAACGCCGAUGGAGAGUAUGUACAGGUCAUGACGGACACAAAGACCUGGGAGAAGUUCCAAGAGAAGACACAAGCCACAAAGGCGCAGGCCGCCAACGCAGAUGCAGCAAGCAAGGAGGUUCGCGAGCGUGGCCUUGAGUGCCCACUCGACAACAGGAUGUUUGUGCAGCCCGUUAAGACAGCGUGCUGUGAGAGGACCUACUGCAACGAUUGUAUUGAGUCAUCGCUAGCAGACAAUGAUCUUAUUUGCCCCAAUUGCGGAGAGGAGACGCUGAUCGAAUUCACACCUGACAAGGAAAUGGAGGCCCGCAUUCGCGACUUCGAGGCCGAAAAGGCAAAGGAAAAGGCAGAGGCGAAGGCGGAGAAGGAAGCAGCGGCAAAGCAGGAAUUGGAGGCAGCAGAAGCAGCAGCAGCAAAAGCAGCAACUGAAUCGGAAAAUGCGAGUGCAAGCAAUGUACCACACAAUGAAACACCUGUUGAUCCCUCCUCUGAGAAAUCAAAGUCAGAGGAACCAACGUCUGAUUCUGAGUCGAAAAAACGAAAGUCUCCUCCAACAGAGAUCCAGCCACCAACCGCACCCAAGGCGAUGCGUCAGCAACAGCAACCACCCCAGAACACUAUGGAACAGGACUUCAUCGCGCAGAUGGAGGCGCUGAAGAACAUGCCCAUGAACAUGCAGUCCAUGCCGAACAUGAACAUGAACAUGAUGGGUAAUAACGGCAUGAUGAUGCCGGGCAUGACCAUGCCGUUCAACCCUGGCAUGCAGAAUAUGAUGCCUGGUAUGAUGAACAACAACAUGAUGCCGGGCAUGAUGGGCAUGAACAUGCAGAAUGGUUUUAAUCCUAACUUGCCUAACAUGCAGAUGAUGGGCAACGGCAAUAUGAAUGGAGGAGGGUUCGGGUUUAAUGGUCAGAAUGGAAAUGGGCAGUUCAACGAUGCGUAUGAUCGCCAGCCGGUCAAUCCAAACAGGCAGAGGGGGAGGAAGCCUAGGGCGCCGGAUUACAGGUAUCUCUGAGCCUGAGACUGGACGGAGAUGGGAGGUGGAUUUGGUUUCAUGAGGCUGAGAAGGCGUUCUUCUUUCAUGUAUUAUCCUUUUAACGCAUGUGGCUGGGUGGUCACUUUGGGUGGAGUUCUGUCCUUUAUGGGGGUUUGAAGCACGGUAUGUGCGCGCUUCGCGGCGUCGAAGUUGAAAUCAAUGAAACUAUCAAA